AUGGCUGAGCGUAAUGCCAAGGACCCCAGCACCUUAGCUACCGAUUAUCUGGAGCCAGAGAUUCCAUACGUCAAUGCGAAUAAGCUGGCCCGGAAGCUCUCUCCCCGCCAGGUGCAGAUGAUCGCCAUCGGCGGCACCAUUGGUACGGGUCUGUUCCUGGGAACGGGUAAGUCGCUGGCCACUGGUGGGCCGGCGUCGAUGUUGAUCUCGUAUAUCAUCUGUGGUGUCAUUGUGUUUAUCACCAUGUUGUCGCUGGGUGAGAUGGCGGCGUUUAUCCCUGUUGCGGGUUCGUUUUGUACUUUUGCUGGUCGCUUUGUUGAUGAUGCUUUGGGCUUUGCUCUGACCUGGAACUACUGGUUCAAUGAUGCGGUGUCGACGGCGUCGGAUAUCAUUGCCCUUCAGUUGCUGCUGGAGUAUUGGACGGAUAAUUUCCCGGGAUGGGCAAUAAGCUUGAUCUUUUUGGUUGUGGUUAUUGCGCUGAAUAUGCUGUCGGUCAAGGUUUAUGGCGAGGUUGAGUACUGGCUUAGUCUUCUCAAGGUGGUGACUAUUAUCAUCUUCAUCAUUCUCGGCAUCGUCGUCAACUGCGGCGCAAACACCCAACACAAAUACAUCGGCAACAAGUACUUCUACACUGGCGAAGCCCCCUUCGUCGGAGGCAUCGGCGGCUUCGCGUCUGUCUUCGUCACUGCCUCUUUCGCUUACGGCGGCACCGAAUCCAUCGCCAUCACCGCCGGCGAAACCAAAGACCCCGCCAAGAACCUCCCCCGAGUCGUCCGCAACGUCUUCUGGCGCAUCAUUCUCUUCUACAUUGUCUCCAUCGUCCUCAUCGGCCUCGACGUCCCCUACAACUACCCAAAUCUAUCCUCCGAAACCACCGCGACCAGCCCCUUCACCAUCGUCUUCGUCGAAGCCGGCAGUGCCGUGGCCGGCAGCUUCAUCAACGCCGUGAUCAUGACCAGCGUCAUCUCUGCCGCCAACCACGCCCUCUUCGCGGGCUCCCGUCUCCUGUACACCCUCGCCGUAGACGGCUAUGCCCCGCGAUUCUUCGGCCACCUGAACCGCUUCCAAGUCCCCUGGGUAGCGGUCCUCGCCACCUCCGUAAUCAGUGGACUUUGCUUCGGAGCGAGUUACAUUGGCGCAGGCCAACUAUGGUCGUGGCUGCAGAAUAUCGUCGGCGUCUCCAACCAACUCUCCUGGACCUUCAUCGGCCUCGCCUCCCUACGCUUCCGCGCCGCCAUCCGCAAACAAAACCUGGAACAUCUCCUCCCGUACAAGAACUGGACGUAUCCCGUGGGACCGAUUUUCGCUAUCGGACUGAAUGUUAUUUUGAUUCUGGUGCAGGGUUGGUCCUGCUUUAGUCCGCAUUUCAAGGCCGUGGAUUUCGUCUCGUAUUAUAUUGAGUUGCCGAUUAUGUUGGUCAUGUUUUUGUUUUGGAAGUUGGUUAAGAGGACCAAGUUGGUCAAGUUGGAGGUUAUGGAUUUGGUUACGGAUCGGUGGAAUUUGGAGGUUGUGGGGGGGAGGGAGGUGGAUAAUGAUGAUGAUGGGGUGGGUAGGAGUAAUGGGGAUGGGGAUGGAGGGUUCAGGAGUGAGAAGGGGGUCAUGGGGAAGGUGAAGAGGGUGGGGAUGUGGUUGUUUUUGUGA